AUGACGCCUUGCUUCUAUGGUGUCCCGCACUUUUCCCGCAGACUUUCCUGGUUGUGUAGCUCCUUACUCCUGUCCCUCCAGGCUGUCUUUUCACAGCCAACAGCUGUCCCCUCCUGGGUCCGCACUCCAAAUCCCACCUUCCAGCACCAAGCCCCACCCGCCACAACUGGCAACUCAGGACUCAGGUGUCCGAAGUCUUCCGCUAAUGUUCAGCAGGUGCUCUGUUAUAAAUACAUGGGGCCUGGGACCAUGUGUUUCUUAUCCUUACUCUAUAAUUCCCUAUGGGAUCUACCAGAUUUCCCCCGCCAGCUCCCAUACACACCCUCGGCCUCAGUUUCUCCCGCCUGCACCGCCACCUUAGCCCACUGGGGGGCGGGGCUGAAGGGCGAGGCUGGUGGCUGUUCUGAAGCCUCAAGAGCCGUCCGUUCCUACCAGACUCCCUGCUCUGAGCGGUCUUACCCCAAGCCCGGACACAGCCCCUCAAACUUCCCCGUGCCGGGCACUGGUGGGGACAGGCCCGCAGGGCCAGUGCCGGUGCGGGUUGACACUCCAAUCGAGUUGAGCGCCCAGGCGGCCCCCGGCAGGCUGAUGGUCCGGCCAGAGGUCAGGCCGGGGAUGUGCCCAGACCCUGAGGUGUGGGCACUGUCCCCAGGUCCCCCGCCGUGCGAAUUCCAGGACGGGAUGAUGCCUUGCCGGCCCCGAGUCGGAGCUGGCGAGGCGAGCGCUUGGUUCCCAAGACCCUCUGAGGUCGCCUUCCCCGGGGCCUGCAUCGUCCUGCAGUGCAUCCCGACGCUGGCGCUGCCAGAAGACGUCUCUGCCGUACAGAAGGAGAUGGAGCAGUUGGCCAAGGAGCUGAGGCAGAAGAGGAUGACCCUGGGGUACUCUCAGGCCGACGUGGGGUUACUCAUGGGGGCUCUUUUUGGAAGGGCGCUGAGCCAGACGACCAUCUGCCGCUUCGAGGCCCAGCAGUUGAGCCUCACCAACAUGUGGAAGCUGCGACUGCUGCUGAAGAUGUGGCUGGAGCAAAUGGACAUGGAGAACCUUCUGGGCUUAUGCAAAAUGGAGAUGAUCCUGCAGCAGGCUGGGAAGCGCAGACGGGCAUACAGGGAGAGACACAUCGGAAACAGCCUGGAGAAACUCUUCCUGCAGUGCCAGAAGCCCACACCCCAGCAGAUCAGCUGCAUCGCUGGGCAGCUCCAGCUGCAGAAGGACUUCAUCCAAGUUUGGUUCCAUAACUGGAGCAAGAUGGGCAGUCGGCCAAGCAAUGAUUUCUCCCCACUGGCGGAGGUGGGGACUGUCGGACCUUCUCUCCCAAGAGGACCAGUGUGCUUUCCCCUGACAUCGGGACUCCAUUUCUGUGUCCCCCAUUAUGGGGGACCCUACUUUACACCGUUGUACCCCUGCCCCUUUCACUGUGGGAGGAACCCUCCUCUCUGCCCCAGCCACCACCCUGAGCCUCCCCAGGCUUUCCAGCUGAGGGGCCUGCCUUUCUGGGGAGGGCCAACCCGGGGAAACGGGUCCCUGGGGUUCACUUAAAGGCUUUUAGCAUUAAGUCCUCCAUUAGUUGUCUAAAGAAGUUAAGAAUACGUAAGGGAGAAGGAUGGGAGCUGUUUAGGAAAAUUUGGGGAGGGAGGUUGAAGUUUACUGCUGUGUUGUUUUUCCCUUUGUUUUUCCUUAGCAUUGGCUUUAAGGUACAUUCCAAAACGUAGAUGGUUUUGGAUAUUUUGUUUCUCUCUGUUUAUUAAUUGAAAAGUAAUUGUGUCUCUUAUUCCACGUGGUUAUCAGUAAACAUAGGGAUAUUCUUAUGAACACAAUACUGAGUGAAAAACUCAGGUCACAGAAGACUAUGUCAGUGUAUUAUUUCUAUCAAAACCAAGCAGAACUUUGUGUGAACACAGAGUCCAAGAUAAUCGUUGCCUCCAGGGGAAGGUUUGAGGAUGGGACAGGAAAAGAGUACAUAGAGCCUACCCAGAGCCCUUGUUGAAACACAAGAGUUUGCCGGUUCUCCCCCUUUUCUUGAAAGAUGUGUUUUUUUCUAAUUCACUUUUCAGCUCUGUUUGGUUUAUUCCCUGGGAAUUUCCCUUACUUUCUUUUGAGCUCAGAAAUGCUUUGUAGAGGAUAUUUGUGAUAGUUGAUCCAACUGUCCAACUCCCUGGUGGCUUUUGCAGUGGUGCAUCUUAAAUCACUUUUCCAAUCUCUUCCAUGAAAUUGGUCUUUUCCAGUUUUCUUCUUCUACAUUGGUCAAUAUGGGUCAUCGUAUACUAAACAGAAGUCAUUAAUCCCUCUGUGUUUUCACACCUGUUGCCGUACACCUCCAUGUAAUAUUUAUGGUUUUAUAAUUCUGUCACCAUAUACUAUACCUGAGUUUAUGUAUUCUUUUUGCUUACUAAUCUUGUCCAUUUUUUUCUCUACUUUUUUCCUUAAUCAGUCUUACAAAGAAUUUAUCUACAGGUAUUUUCAAAUAACAAGUUUUUUAUUCUUAAUCCUAUUUACUGUUUUUAUUUUCUAAUUAUUUAAUUUUAGGUUUAUUUUUAUUAAUUGCUUUUUUCUAGUUUCUUCCAAUAUGUAUUUCUUCCUCUCGUCAAUGUCUGAAAGUAGAGCACUGUCAAGACACGUAGGUUAGUGAAAAUGGAGCCAAACUUCAAAAAACCAAGAGUAUGUUGUCAGUGGUCAGCAGUGUCAUAUGUCAGAGAUCAAAUAACAUAAAUUAAGUAAGCUAUAUCAUUUCAUUAACAAAGAUGUUACGGGUACAUGUCUUAGAACAAUUUCAGGGGAGGAGUUAGUAGAGGCAGAUUCCAAACAACAGUCCAAAGUCUUCACAUUUGCCAGAUUUUCCCCUACCUCAGUUAAAAACAUAAAUUCCAACCACUCACUCAAUGAGAUCUUUGCCAUCAUUCUGAAAAUUUCUGUAUCAAAUGUUUCCUUUAUCUUGUAUUUCCUUUUGACAAGGCAGGUAUUCUUAACCUGAAGAUGCCAAACCUCUUUGAGGUAUAAGCAGAAUAGCAUGUUUGUACAUAUGUGCAUUUUCUUCAGAGAUGGUGAUGGUAGCCUUCAUCACAUUUCAAUGGGGACCAUGACUGUGUAGAUCUACGAUUUUAGAAUUUAAGCAACACCUUCCCGUUGGCCAUCUUACUUUUGAGAGUUUUCCCUUGAAAACUAAUAGGUAAUUCCUGAUUUUCUUCAAGUCUGUAUUUUCUGGGUAUCUCUAGCCAGUACAGUAUAAAGGCCCUGAAUCAGUUCUUACAUAAGUCUUUCAAAUUCAGACCAAAUACUGUAUUGAUUAUUGCCUUUAUUGUUCUUAUGCUUUUAUCAUUCCUUGGCACUUUAAUUAGAUUCUUAUCAUAAAGAACAAUUUCUCCCUUCCCUAGAAGUUUUCCUACUUCUUGUCUAAGAAAACUUGAGGUGUUAGGAGAUCCCUCCUUAUUCCAAAACAUUAUCCUGCUCUUAAAAUAGCAUCUGUUUUCUAUUAUUUCAUACUUCUAAAAUGUGUGUAGUAUACAUCAUUGUUUAUUAUACUAAAACUGUGUCAUAAGGAUUUAUUUUUCAGAAUAGCCACUUUUGUUUAUGACUUUCUUCUAGAAAUAGUCUUACUAAACAGUACUGAUUUCCUUGGCAGAAUCCAUUUAUGACUUCUUUUUAGGGUACAAAAUUGUAUUAUCUAUGUAGAACAAUGUUUUUACAAUGAAAACUACAAUUCCAUUCAAAUAAAAUGCUAGUGGAAUAUGGGAGUAUUACUUGACAAAGUGAUUCUAAACUGAAAGAAUGAAACUUGGGGAAAUAUGGAAAUUUUGAAGGUAAAGCGUUAGGGCCUUGUUCUACCAGAUGUUAUGAAACUACAAUAAUUUGAACACAGUGUUGUGGUCGUGAUGAACAAAAUAAAAGAAACAAGUACUUGGCUGUUCCAUCUGUGGUCAUGUAAAUUGGUACAACCUUCAUGAAAGGCUGUUGGGUAAUUCAUAUGAGAAGUUUUUUAAAUGUGCUUUUCCUUUGGCCCAUCAUUUCAACUUUUAAAUAAUGUUUAUAAGAAAAUAAUUGUUAUAUGUAUGCAAAAAUUUAGUGAUAAGGGUGGUAUCACAGCAUUUUUUUUUUAAUUUUAACAACGAAAAGUUAGAAACAAUGUUCAACAAAGGGUUAAAUAAAUAAAAAGGAACACCAUAUAGGGUAAAAAUUGACAAACAGUUCAGAAAAGAUUGUUGAAUGAGGCAAAACAAUUUAUUAAACUUUAUGAUGUCAUUUUUUAUUUUUUAAGGAAAAAGGUAUAUUACAGGGAAAAAAAUCUAGAAUAGGUAUUA